CUCCACGGGUUUAGUAAUCGGAGUGGCGGCAUCGAGAAAGCUUUAGAGCGGUCGUCGCUUCAGUUAUUUAGGACAGAAUGUUGUGGCCGCAGGCAUUGUUGGUCCUCCUCGGAGUCCAUUCACUUCAGUGUUCGGGCUUUUUGGACGAGACUUUGAUAGCCGAAACCAUGGGGGAGGCCAUCAAGUUGGACGAAAUGCAAGAGCACCAAAAACAUCACCACAGGGGCAGAAACCACCCCCACGUGCACAACAAACACCACGAGCACAAGAAAGGGGAAACGACGUGUUCGUGCAACCAGAACGUCUGCGUCACCACGAGUUACAUGUGCAGGACUAAUUUGGAAGGAGGGUGCUACUUCGUGAGGAAUGAAACUGCCACUGCUUAUGGAUGCAUCGACCAGCUGACAGACGUUGAGAGGCGGAACUGCAAGUACCACCAAUCUCUAUUAGCUACAAAGGGCCUUGUUGAGCUGAGCUGCUGCAUGGGAGACAUGUGCAACUACAGGAUAACCACCGAUUCCAGCUCCAGUUCAGAACCGAUUGAGAGCCGUGGGGAGAGCCCAAGCUACUACGAUGACUUCUGGAUCACAGUGAUGCUGAUCGCGGUGCCUACGUGUGGCAUGUUGAUAAUGUUGGUGCUCGUGUUGAUGGCCUGGAAGAUUUUGCAGCGUGACUCCAAGUACGAUGCGCAUCUGCGUUCCUCAUCGGGCUACAUGCAGUGCCACGCGGAGCAAAACAGCGCCAACCGGCACUCGAAGGCGCGUCUGUUGCUGCUGGAGGAUGGCUCGCUGCCCUCGGACAAGGUGGUGAAGAAUGCCAUCUACAAGGGCCCGCAGGACAAAGUCACCAACUGGGUCCUCGCCUCACCGCACGGGGAGAAGCCAAGUGCCGUCUAGGGUUGUUGUUUCGCAAAAAAAAAAGAGGAACAUGACAUUUUGGAGCAUAAUGUGAUAAAUAGUAAUAAAAUCAAGUGUGGACGUUGUGCGAAUGCGAGUGACACAAAAGCCGUAGCUGCCUUUAUUACUAAAUGUACUAUGGAACCACCUUGACUACUUGUUGUUGCAUCCGAUUAGUUCAUUGGUUUUUAUCUCUGCCACAGGACUGAUUAUUAUUUUUCUAAUGCGUACUGCUUUUGUUGUAAAUUAUUCAAUUUUCGUAACAAAUGUGAUAAUUGUUAGCGACAGUGAAAGUAAAGGAGCCAUGGCAUUCCCAGGUACUUAAGACAAUAAAAGUUCGCGGCCAAAUUCGUUAUUCACGUGCUGGCAGUGAUAAAAUGGCAGAAGUUUAAUUACCAGACAAGUGAUCUGAAGUUUGAAAUUUGCCUGCCGUGAGACCGCGCGGCUUCAGAUUCAGAAUCUCGCCUUCCGCCGCUGCAAAGUUGGAAGAACGGGAGCCACGGUCGUUCCGAUUAGUCCAGUGGAAACUAUGAGCAAUCUCGGCUCUACAGGCAGAGUCCACCGUCUCUUAAAUUAUGUGGUUUCGUGCUUCUCCUUUCGAAAGUAAUGUAAUGUGUGCGCGUAUGUUUGUGUGAGCAAAAUGAUUUGUACAUAAUUAUACACCAGAGCAAAAACAGCUGCUUUUGCCCAGCCAAGGACUUCUUUAUAUUUUGAAUAAUUGAAUUUUAAUUUCAAAUGACAUGUGUUGUCUUAAGACUAAGCAAGUCAGCAAUUGUAGACUAAUGGAAGACCGACUAUUAUUAUCCCUAAGUUGGACAAGGUCUCAAAGGCAAGAUGCUUCACUAUUUUAUUGUUUUGGUACUCUCGUUUUGAUACAUUUUGACUGCUUACAUAAUAAUUUAGACGCUGUCACUGUUUUGAUUGUGAAAUGAUUUCAAAUUUUUGUGUCUCAUCAACGUCUACCCUGGCAAAAAACAAUUAUUUAAUUCAUUGAAAAUUUCUUGGAAUUUGGAUGCUUAAAAUUAGCUGAUUUUGCUGUUGUCGAUUUCCUAUAAGCUUAUACGAACUAUAGUGCCUCCAGUUGUCAGAGGUGUCAAAGUGUUGUGUCAAACCAUGCUAUUUUAAUACUGGCGAAACAUUAAAAGAUUCAUAAAUCACAAAUUAUUGUACUAUUUCCAAUAUUUAUUACGGAUGUAUCGUCAAAAAUUGAAAAUAAAAAGCAAGUACUCUGCACUUAAAAA